AGCGGAAAAGAGCCCCUCCCCCAAAAACCAAAAUCCCAACACACUCGUUUUUCAACUCUCUCUCUCUUUCUGUCCUCGCGAGCCGAAAAUGGCCGCCACGCACUCCUCCACCACAUCUUCAUAAACAAUUCUACCCUAAAGAUAUUUUGCUUCUGAUUUCGAUUUCCAUAUUAUUCUGAUUCUCGCUUCGCCUCGCCCUUAUAGUCGGAUCUUUUCUUUUUUGUUUUUCUCUCUCUGACUUUUGAGCAACCGAGGCUUAGAGAAGGCUAGGGUUUGGGUAUUGUUGUGCUGUGAUGGAAGACACAGUUGUGGACGAUCUUAUACGGAGGCUUGUGUCGGCGAAGAGCGGCCGGACGACGAAGCAGGUCCAGCUGACGGAGGCGGAGAUACGGCAUCUUUGCACCACCUCCAAGGAGAUCUUUCUCAGUCAGCCCAACCUUCUCGAACUCGAAGCUCCCAUAAAGAUUUGCGGAGAUGUUCAUGGUCAGUUUUCUGAUCUCUUACGUUUGUUUGAGUAUGGUGGGUACCCACCUGAAGCCAACUAUUUAUUCCUAGGGGACUAUGUUGAUCGUGGGAAGCAAAGCAUAGAGACAAUAUGCCUUCUCCUUGCAUAUAAGAUUAAAUACAAGGAGAACUUCUUCCUCCUCAGAGGCAACCAUGAAUGUGCUUCCAUCAACCGCAUAUAUGGGUUCUAUGAUGAGUGCAAGAGAAGAUUUAAUGUUCGUAUUUGGAAGGUAUUUACUGACUGCUUCAACUGUCUGCCUGUCGCUGCCCUUGUUGAUGAGAAGAUCCUUUGCAUGCAUGGUGGUCUAUCCCCUGAUUUGAAAAACUUAGAUCAGAUUAGGAAUAUUGCCCGCCCAGUGGACGUACCAGAUCAAGGCCUUCUCUGUGAUCUAUUAUGGGCUGAUCCUGAUAAAGAUGUUGAAGGUUGGGGAGAGAAUGAUCGUGGUGUGUCAUAUACAUUUGGGGCUGACAAGGUUGCUGAAUUUCUCCAAAAACAUGACCUUGAUCUUGUCUGCCGUGCUCACCAGGUUGUGGAAGAUGGAUAUGAGUUUUUCGGAAAGAGGAAGCUGGUGACAAUAUUUUCAGCACCAAAUUACUGUGGUGAGUUUGAUAAUGCUGGUGCCAUGAUGAGUGUGGAUGAUACAUUGACAUGUUCCUUCCAGAUCUUGAAAGCAUCUGAGAAGAAAGGAAAGCAUGGUGUAGGCAGCAACAUGUUAAGACCAGGAACUCCACCUCAUAAGGGUAAGGGCUGAUUGAUUGCAGAAGCGUUCACUGUAAUUCUGAGAACAAUAUCUUCUGCAUCAUCUGUGCUGCGUGGCAUGAUAUCAGUUGCAAGGUUGAUAAUUCAACAAUGCCUUCGUUUGCAAGUAUGAAGAUGCAAACCUACAUCUACAGUGUGUCAAAAGAGCCUUUAGUGUCCGGGAUUGAUGCACCUUUCUUCGGCAAAGAAAAUGAAAAAUCAGAUUGAACUGUAUAAUUGAGAUUCUGACUUUGUUUUGUUGAAUUUUAGAAGUUUUUGUUUGAGGGAAAAACCUGAUUUUAUGUUGCUUACAAUUUGAGUUAACUCAUGCUCUAGUGAUAAUCCACUAUUGCCUGAUACUAUAGCAGGGCGGUUCCAUUUGAUCUCUUA